UCAUCGUUUCCGGGUAGCAUCCAGAGAAUGGGAACAAAACAGACAUUAAGCGACAGUGAAAGACAAUUUUAUUCGUGUCAGGAUAAAGUCCUCUCGGUGAACUUUGAAGCUUCUCAUUCUAGCGUAGCUUAGCUUAGCUUGAUAGCGGCUAACACGGAGACCCGGAAGUGAUCAACACCUCGCUAAGAGGAGCUCAAGUGUGAGUGUAAAGUGUCGGGAUUGUGCGAAAAUGUGUAAAGUAAAAAUGCUGAGAGCGUUCGUGAAUCAGCGACUAACUGCGGCUGUCGAAGAAAUAUUUGUAGUGGUGGAAAGAACGAUAGCAGAGUACGAGGAGGAACUUUCUCGAACAAAGGCGGAGAACGAGCGACAACGUCAACUACUGGACGCUGUUUUCAAGGAGCCUCAAGUUGUGUUACACAAAGCGGACGUCAGUGAAGGACAGCGUCCCCGUGAGCAGCAGGAGUGGAAGUCUAGAAUGGAGCUGGAGGAGCCACAGUGCCUUAACAUUAAAGAGGAAAAGGAGGAGCCACAGCCCCUGCACAUUAAAGAAGAGGAGGAGGAUCACAGCAUCAGUCAGGAGGGAGAGCAUCUUGAAGGACCGGAGGAGUUCCCAGUGAUUGUUGUCACUGUGAAGAGUGAAGAUGAUGAGGGUCAGAGUGAGGAGAAGAGAGAGGUGGAGCCUCCAAGCAGCAGCUCAACUCAACACAUGACAACAGAAGCUGAUGGAGACCACUGUGGAGGAUCACAAGCACACAACCUCUUAGCUCCACUAUCAGAUAGUGAUGACACAACGUCACACUCUCCUGACACUGAUGAUGAAGACUCUAAAGCUGAUAUGACAUGUCACACUGACAACACACGCUGGAAAUGCUCUCAUUGUGACAAAACUUUUGUUGACAAGGGAAAUCUGAUAAAGCACGUGAGGUAUCACACAGGAGACAAACGCUUCGCCUGCUCAGUUUGUGGUAAAAGAUUCUAUCAGCGGUCACAUUUGAAAGUACACACAAGAAUACACACUGGAGAGAAACCUUUUCCUUGCACGGUUUGCGGUAAAGGAUUCAAUCAAAAAGCUGAAUUAGCAAGGCACACAAGAACACACACUGGGGAAGAGAAACCAUUUGUUUGCAUGGUUUGUGGCAAAAGAUUCAAUCAAAAAGUUGAAUUAAUAAGACACACCAGAACACACACUGGAGAUAAACCUUUUCCUUGCACAGUGUGUGAUAAAAGUUUCUAUCAAAAAGGCGACUUAAAUAGACACGCAAGAAUACACACUGGAGAGAAACCAUUUUCUUGCACAUUUUGCGGGAAGAGUUUCUCUCAGAAGAUCUAUUUAAUAGGACACACAAGAACACACACUGGAGAGAAACCUUUUCCUUGCACGGUGUGUGGUAAAAGAUUCUCUCAAAAAGGCGAUCUGAAUAGACACACAAGAAUACACACCGAAGAGAAACCAUUUUCUUGCACAUUUUGUGGUAAACGUUUCUCUGAGAAGAUAUUUUUGAUAAGACACACAAAAACACACGCUAGACAAAAAAACAUUUCUUGUUCGAUGUGCAGUGAGCAAUUCACAAAUGCUACAGACUUAACUGAACACAUAAGAACCCACAUUGGGGAGAAACAUCAACAUCCAGCAGCUCCAUGAUAUCAUCAUGGAGGCCUGAAAGAGGAUUCCAGAGGCAGCCUGUGAUGUUCUAGUCAACUCCAUUAACAAGAGAGUGAUGACAGUGUUGGAAAAUAAUGCUGUACACACUAAAUAUUCACACUUAGGGCACAAUUUGUACUUUAUAAUGUGUCAGCGGUGUAGACAUUAGCGGUUGUGUGAUAUUUUGAGAGAACAGUAAGAUUAGACUGUUAUCCAAGCUGUACACGGACUACUUUACCUUGUGUCAAAAUAUUGUUUAUUUUGUAUUGUCCCAUGAAAAUAUAUAGAAUAUUUACAGAAACAUAUGGCAACCGUCAAUUUAUUGCACAUUGUCAAGAUUGCAAAUGUGCAUGUCUGAAUUUAAUUAUGGUGUAAUAAUGUAUGAUUGUAUAAUUAUAGGGGACUUAAGACUGCCUAAAUUAGACCUAAUGACGUCCAUGGUUACACUCAGUGAGUGAAUGUUUUUUUUGUUGCUUUUGUGU